AUGGCGACACGUUGCUUUGUGGUGUUUGUCGUACUGACGAUGGUCAUAGUGCACGCGGGUUGUGUUGAAAAUGAUUCAAGAGACGGUGUUGUUAAGAGUCGACAAAAGCGUAUUGUGUUCCCGUUAAAUGCAGCCAUGGGUAUUAUUUUUGCCCUGGCCAUCCCGCUUGGCAUACCGAGUAGAAACAUCUUUAUGUCGUACAAUUUUGAAGGCAACUAUAACAACCCGGCAGACGCGAAUAUCUUCUCCGAGGGAUUCGCGAACUAUAUUAAAGGUAUCGUGGAACCAUUAACUGCACCUUCCGUACCGGUUUCGCAUUACGGCAUCAGGAAACGAAACACUAACGAUCGUCCAACCAAAGGCCCUGCAACCACACCGCAAAUCACGCGGAGAAAGAUUUAUAAAAUGCUGCAAAAUCAUCUGCAGAGCCAACACUUUCACGGAAGGAAGUGCUUACAGCGCAUGAUCUGCGAAGCGGCGUUGCAGCCUUUCGGCGAAGCGAACGGAGUUGUCGGAGAUUUGGUACAAAUUCUGCUAAGUCCAUCCACCUCGAUGGAUGAAUCAUUACCGAAGAAGUAUCGGAUGGCAGAACUGUCCGGGCGCGAUGGGUCCUGUGCUUCGUAUCGAACCGAGUGUCCAAAGGAUCCGCUAAGAGCUGUCAGUGUUUUGUUAGAAUAA